ACAGUGGUCUUCCCUGUGGCCGAGGUUUGAGUGGAGUUGUCAAACAGGUCUUGGUUGUUGACGUUUGGGGCAGCCUCAGAUAGACCCCCCUCUUCACCAGGACUGCAUGACAUUUGUCCAGGACCUAGUCCCAACCUUCAGCUCUGACCUGAGGGGAAAGGGGGGGCACAACAACACGGACCCUGUAGUAAAAACACAGUGCAGAGCAGAGGCGUCACACUGUCAUACAGCUAUAUCCCUUGCCACUCUUACUUAAACCUUGGUGGCGUGUGUGAGGGCAGAGAAGUUAAUAGGUAACUAUCUGUCAUCCCAGAUCUGGAGGAGCAGUGCCAGCUGACUCGUUAGCUGCUGGGCAGUAAUGGACAAUGUAAACUGUCCUGUAAAUGUCACAACAAGCUAACUGGGCACGCUAGCUCAGCCACUUUACGAGGGUUUCAUAAUCGACGACAAUGCACAUGCUAAUCUCGAGCAAAAGCAAGCGGAAGGAAACUGACAUGUGUAGCCUUAGUGGUGUAUUUUGAGAAUUACACAAACCCAGAAACUGACUGUUGUUGAGAGGUAACUGCAUGCGGUGGGGCCUAUAAUACUGCAGAUGUGAGAUGCAACUACAAUUAGUAUGGCAUUACAUUCAGGUAAUGCCAAAGAAGAUGCCUGCACAGCCAAACCCAGAAGCCCUGAUGCUUGCUUUGACCUGAAGUAUGCACCAAGCACUUUGAAGCCAGACUUUGAAGGGAAGUAACUACUAGCACAAACAAGUGAAAACCAGAAGAAGACAACUGGAGAGAAAACUUCACCCCGCAGCCAUGAAGGACAAAGUGAAGAAGGGAGGAGGAAGAAAUCAGGCCAAGGCUGAAGCAACUGGCAUGACUGAUGGAAAAUCAGUUGUUGGUAUCAAGCAGGCAGAUGACACAUCGUUCUCUGUGAAGAUCCAGGGGGCAGGAGUGGAGUCUUUUGAGCUACAGGUCCAUGGAUUCUGGCUUGUGCAACACACUGUAAUGACUCUGCUUUCGAGGGAUGAGGUGUGUCCGCGUUCCAACCUGUCUUUGACACUUGCUGGAACAGCUCUAGACCCGCUCGUAGAACUGCAGAGCGUCAAGGGGCUCAAACCAGGAGCCAUUCUUCGCCUGGCAGAAGAGCCCUACACCUCCCGCUCGGCCCAGCUCCAUCUGGCUCGUGUGCUGGAGCUGCUGAGAGCAUCAGGACCUCAGGAUGCACUGAGAGAAGGACGCUCACCCAGCAUACUAGAAACACUCACACACAUACACACAGCAGACUCUAGCUUACCCAAUGGAAAAAGCCUCAAACGCUCUCUUAGCAACACAAAAACAGAAACAGCCAGCCAGGAUGCAGCUCCUCCUGAGUACCUCCUCCCUGGUUCUUCAGAUAGACCCCUCAUGGCUCUGCUACCACAGAGCUCCCAACCAGAGGCCCCUAGCUGCAUCAGGGACUUGUCUCUUAGCUGCUGGAAUCCGCCUCCAGGACACAGGAAGCUGCAGGGAGACUUCCAGUACAUCACUGUGGUCACCUUAGAGGGACGACGGUGUGACAUCACUUCCUGUCCGAAAGGUUUCUUUCUAAACAGGUCUACAGAAGAUGUGUUUGAUCCCCGUCCUGCACAGUCGGCCCCACUUUGUCACUGUUUCACUGACCUGCUCUGUCACAUCAGCCCUGCCUUCAAACAAACUUUAACCACACUCAAAAAUAGGUUUCAGUUACCUGCAGUCGAUGUGAUGCCCACUCCUUACCACACACUGAGCUGGCUCGGGCCUCCCUGCACCUCCCGAAUCCACAAAAACACCUACAGCAGACUGGGAGUGGAUGAUCAGCAAGCCACACAGGCUCCAGACUGGAAUGAGGAGAUGCAGGCCGCCAGAGGUCUUCCCAUGAGCAGUCUGGAGGAGCGGCUGCAGAGAGACAGAGCUCUGCUUCAGGUAAACAGUGCUUUUGUCAGGGCCGCUACACAGGGGGCAGAGACUGUUGUAGACGGCUUUGUGGAACCAGUGAAUGGAAACCCAGAGGACCCGGCCUUCCUGUGGGGUGGCCUGUUCAUGAACCAGGGGGCAGCGAAUGUAAUGUUUGGAGGGGAGAGGGGCCGCAGGGCUGCUCAGAGGCUGGAACUGAAAGGAGUACAGGCCUACAGUGACAUAGCCCGGCAUCAGGGGCUGCACACACUGCCUACAGCCAUCAUAGACUACAGAGGAGUGCGUCUGACUGCUCAGGGUAUGGCUCCUGGUUUGGAGGGUUCAGAGCAGGAUCAGGAGACUACCCCAGCCCAGAGAGGCCUGCUAUAUGGGGUCAAUUCAAAAGCCCAGGAGUCCCCCCAGCGAAGGCGGCUAUUGGAGCAAUUGGCUUACGCAUCAAAGUCUCUCUCCAUCCAGAGACACGUUGUUAUGCUGCCAAACAAGUACAAGGCAUCACUGUUCACCUCAGUGGAUGCUCAAGGACUGCUGGGGGCUGAUGGGAGGUUCUACAUACUGGAUGUGUUCAGGACCUUCCCAGCUGAUGCCAACUUCUGUCCUGAGGUAGAGACAGAAAGUCCGACAGACAACGGAGAAGAGGAAAGUAGUAAAAGCUGUGAAGAGGGAGAGGAGAAGAAGAGUUGUGUAAAAGAGAGCUGGCCAGAGAGUUAUCAUUCAGACUAUGGGCUCCCCAAGAGUUUUCCUCAUGGACUCUGUAGACUGAGACCAGAACUGGUGCAGGCCUUCAUACAGCAAAAACAUUGCCAGUUCACUCAGCGUGUCAAGGAGAUACUGGAUGAAAAUGGGGGAUUCGAAGAAUGUGCAACAGCUUGUGACUCUCGAUCCACUGAUGCAGUACGAGCUGCUUGUAAAGAAGUAGGCUCUGUGAGCAACAUCAUAUUUGAGAUGCGUUUCAACCCAAACGUCUUCUCUCCAGGGGUUUCCUUCCCCGAUGCUGAAAGUCAGUCAACAAAGCUGCAGGAGAAGUUACUGAGGGAAGCUGCUGUUUUCAUCAUCACACAUCAGAUACCAGCAUUUGUUGAGCACUGCCUACAAAACAAUGAGGCACCAACAGAUGGAACCUCUCUAAAGCAGGUGCUCCACCAGAGAGGCAUCAAUCUGCGUUAUCUUGGUCAUGUGACCAAGGCCAUCAGCCAGUCAGAACACAAAGAGCACCUGAGGCAUAUACUGAGAUCUGUCAUUGGUGAAAUUUUCAUCCGCUCAACGAGACGAGUGUUCAACAAUUUCCUCCAGGGUGUGGACGUGCCAAGUUGCUCUGCAGCUGUCAGUCACUUCCUCUGCUGCUUAUUGGUUCCACACUUCACGCCUGCUGCUGUGGGGGAGGAGACCAAAAAGAAGUCGAGGCGGCGUGGUCGAGGGGCAGGGGCCUCUGAGAGUACACCCUGGAGCACACUCACUGGGGCUGAGCUGUGGAACCUGGUUUGCCAGGACGCUGAUGAAACAUACAGCAUUGCUGACUGCCUGGGUUCUGGUCCAAACCACCUGGUGGAGCACUAUGGCCUUCAGAAAAUCUCUUUGCUUCGAGAAUUCUGUUUAAAGACUGGAGUACAGUUGAGACUGAGGGACUACUUCCUGGACAACCAAAACAAAGCUCCCAUUGGUCCAGACGACGUCCUCAACAUCUUCCCUGUGGUCAAGCACAUUCACAUGCCAACUGUGGAUGCUUCAGCAGCAUACCAUGCAGGCCUGACCUUCCUCCAGAAAGGUCUGCUGGAGCAGGCACACGAGCAACUGAAAGAAGCAGUGUACCUAUUUGGCAGAGUGUCUGAUAACCUGCACCCUGAUGCCUGCUACUGCCACAGCGUUUUGGCCAAAGUGACCUUCCUGCAGGGGAAGCCAGCGGAGGCUCGCAGUGUCCAGCUGACAGCGGUAGUCAUCAGUGAGAGAGUUCUUGGUUUUGACCAUGCAAACACAAUCCAGCAAUACGCCCUCUUGGCUGUGUAUAUGUUUGCUGGAGGGGAGACCGCCCUCGCCCAAAAGUGUCUCCUCAGAGCUCGCCUGCUGAUGCUAACAGUUCACGGAGAGGAUCAUCCAUACACUGCAACACUGGAUGGCUGUAUCGGCCUGGUGCUGACAGGGGAUCAGUCCGGAAAGUUCUUAAAGAACGCUCUCAGACUCAACACUUCUUUCUUUGGACCCACAAAUCUGCACACAGCUCUCAGUCAGCACAUGCUGGCUCAGAGGAUGUGCAGUAAGGGAGACUACAGAGGUGCCAUGAUGCACGAAAAAGAGGCUCUUGCUGCUUUUACUUCCUUGUUUGGAGAGGAACACUCUCAAACAAGCUGCAGCAAAGAGUUUCUUUGCACCAUAACCAAGCAGGCAGUGAAGGUGGAGCGCUCUCUCAGGCAGGCUGGAGCUGACAGCACUGAGCAAUCAGUGGAGUGUAUAACUCCCUCAUCGGACACGGUGCUGGAGCAGAUGGUCCUGGUGACAGGGAUCAAGAGGAUUGCAAGUAACAAGCUCCAGGAGUACAAGCAGAAACACCAGGAACUAAAGGCAGCAGUGGCAAAAGAGCUAGGAUUGGACCUUGGAGCUAAGCAGUUAUUCUCCCUGGAGACCCUGAACUGGGCAGAGAUAACCCCAGAUCAAGAAAUGGGAAACGGUGAAGCAGCUGAGGAAAAAGGAAACCUGGGCAGUGAGAGCCAAGAGGUGCAGAAAAUAGAGGAGACUUCAGCGGAGAGUGCUGCUGAAGUUUCAUCUAAUGGUCAUGUGGUGGAGCCAGCAGAAGAAAAGCAGCAAACAUUAGAUGAAGCGGAGAGUGACGAAGUCUCCCCAGGUGCUGAGGUCCAGGAGGUGAACGGGGAGUCAGAGGUCAGGGCCGGAGGAGAGGAAACUGAUGGAGACAACAGCAGCACAGCCAGCGGUGAGACAAAAUCUGAAGCGACAGUUGAUGAGAUAAAACCAAAGGAGGUAAAUGGUGAAAUAAACGUAGCUGAGAACGUCCCCGUCAGCCCAUCAGCCUUGAAGGGUAAAGGAACCUGGGCAGAUGUUGUUUCUAAUGCGCCUAUGGCCAACGGGAAAGAAGACCAAGACCAAGACCCAGCAGUCAAUGGGGUCGCAGAUGGUGUCACUGCCAACGGAGCAACCGAGGAGUGAAAACAUAUCAAAUAGGAAAUCAGUGUUGUUGUGGAGUUUUAACAAAUCACUGCUGUAAGAUAAAACUCUCCCUGGAUCUGAGAUGUAAUUUGAUUAAAUGACCAUGAAGCAAAGCAGAAGAUGGCUGUCAGAUGAGGAGUAUUACACUGUGUUUGAGAUAUUAUUGCUGAUUCUGGGAGAGGGCUGUACUGGGAAUUUUUUUUCCAACAAUAAACUUUUUACUCUGGUUUACAAGUGAUUGUUUUUUUGGCAGAGACAAAGUACAUAUGAAAACGCUGUGUGAUAGUAUGUUUCUAUGAAUUACCUAAUCAUGACUCCGCAAUAAACAAGCAAUCCCAUCAAUUAAAAUGAAAACAUUGAAACCUCUUGCUCUUUUAACAAUACAAAAGUAUUGUAUACAAAGUGGAAAAUUGACUGAAAAUUAAUUUUGACGAUGAAAAAACUGUUUAUAAUAAUUAGGAUUAGACUAGGCCCAUGUACAAAAAGUGUUUUCUAAUGUAAAAGACGAUGACAUGGUCAUAAUAUAGAAACUAUACUGUAAUAAGUAUGGUGUUUUUAAUGCAGUAAUUGUCUGGACUGAUCAUAUAAAUAUUACAAAAGUUUACUCCAACAGUCACUGUAUUACCCAAAAGUUGCAUGUCUCAUCUGCUGAACAAUGUAGCAUUCACUGAUUUUGGUUUUAAAAUAAAAUGACUACAUCAGUU